AACUGCACGAGAUUCCGGGAUUGGAAUCAGAAUGCUAAUUUAAAAGGUCAAGUGAAGCUGCGCCUCACAUUUUGGCGUGCCUGCGCUCCCUGCAGGCAGAAGCAAACAAAGACCCGGCAAGAGAAGGUAGAGGCUGAGACUCCUUCUGUAUCUGUAUUCCUGAAAUAAUUUUGGAAUCAUGCCUGAAAUGCCGGAAGACAUGGAACAGGAAGAAGUUAACAUCCCCAAUAGGCGGGUUCUGGUUACUGGUGCCACUGGGCUUCUUGGCAGAGCUGUAUUUAAAGAAUUUCAGGAGAAUAAUUGGCAUGCCGUUGGCUGUGGUUUUAGAAGAGCACGACCAAAAUUUGAACAGGUUAAUCUUUUGGAUUCUAAUGCAGUUCAUCACAUCAUUCAUGAUUUUCAGGUAUGGUUUAGUAUUAUUAUCUGCUAUUAUUCAUCUCUAGGAGCUGCUGUUUUGAGGAUUCCUAUUCUGUAUGGGGAAGUUGAGAAGCUUGAAGAAAGUGCUGUGACUGUUAUGUUUGAUAAAGUGCAGUUCAGCAACAAGUCAGCGAAUAUGGACCACUGGCAGCAGAGGUUCCCCACACACGUCAAAGAUGUAGCAACUGUGUGUCGGCAGCUAGCAGAGAAGAGGAUGCUGGAUCCAUCAAUUAAGGGAACCUUUCACUGGUCUGGCAAUGAACAGAUGACUAAGUAUGAAAUGGCAUGUGCAAUUGCAGAUGCCUUCAAUCUCCCCAGCAGUCACUUAAGACCUAUUACUGACAGCCCUGUCUUAGGAGCACAGCGUCCAAGAAAUGCUCAGCUUGACUGCUCCAAAUUAGAGACGUUGGGCAUUGGCCAGCGGACACCAUUUCGAAUUGGAAUCAAAGAAUCACUUUGGCCUUUUCUCAUUGACAAGAGAUGGAGACAAACGGUCUUUCAUUAGUUUAUUUGUUGUUGUUUUUUUUAAUGAAAAGUAUAGUAUGUGGCACUUUAUAAAGAAAAAAGGAAAUAGUUUUGUAUGAGUACUCUUUAAUUGUGACUUAAGAUCUUUCAGGUAAAUGAUGAUGCUCUUGCACUAGUGAAACUAUAUAAAGAAAUGAAAGGGCAGUGAUGCCUUGUUUGCGGUAAUGAUUUUUCUGUUUAUCAUUUUGUUCUGGCUAAACUUGCAUUUUGAGUAUAGUAAAUUAUGAUUCUUAACUCUUUGAGAUCCAGGAUGAAACAGAUCUGCUGUAGACUUUUUUUUAGAUGAGACGCAUUGUUCAUUCCCAUAACCUCCAUAUUUUCAGGGUUUUUGCAACUAUUGUCCCUUUUAUGUUGAUUGUUUUAAAGUAUGUGAAAUAAUAUGAAAAUCACUGUUCAUUAUUUGCUUUGCUUGAGCUCAGAUCAAAAUGUUUGAAGAGAGAAACUUUAUUUUUGCAACUUAACGGUUUUUAUGCUUGAGAUGUUUCAACAUGUUAUGUAUAUUAGAACUUCUAUAGCUUGAUGCCUCCUGCUUUUGUAGCAGUGUAUGGUGAGCACUUGAGAGAGGGUGUGUGUGUACGUGUAUUUUUUUAAUAUAAAUAUAUAACUGUCCUUUUCACUCUGUCGCUAAGUGGUAUUUCAUAUAUGUGGUUAUACUCAUAAUUAUGGGCCUUGUAGUCUUUUGAUCAUCAAUAAUAAUAAAUAUAUACUGCUGGCAUGUAA